UAGGACUGCGGGCAUCAAACAUCCCACAGCGGAUAGACUGGAGAUCUGCCUCACAAAAAGUGCAAAAAAUCUCUCUUAUAUGGUCGCUAAAUGUAUUUAUUUGCAUUUAGCCCGCUGUAUCUUUCACUGAAGCAUAAAUUAAUGUGAUUCACGGGAUGAGAGAUUUGGCGCAUGAGGAUGAGCUGGAUGCUUCAACGGCAACAUGGAAAAGCAGGAGGACACACUGCUGCAUCCCAGAAAUAUAACACAACCAGGAGCCUUUGGAAAUUCAAAGGAUUUUAGCGUGCAUCUGAACACUUUAUAGGUGGAUUUAUGUGGAUAAACAAUCAAUGCGAUGGAGACGGAGAUGGACGGAGAACUACUUUAUUGAGCACGAGGAUCGGAGUGUCCAAAGCAGCAGCUCGAGAGGAUCCGUGCCUUUGAUAAUGAGAAAUGGAUCAAGUGAGCUGCAUGAUCUCAGGAGGUCUUGGAUUAUCCUGAAGGCGCAGCUCUAGAGGGUCCAUGUCAUUGCAUUGGUCGCUGUCCACUGCGCCCGUGGUGCUGAAAUCUGGAUGAUGCCGGCGCAGCGACUGCAGGGCUGCCGCUCCCUUCACAUUAACGAAGACAAUGGGCGCUUUCUGCUGCUCGCCGUGCUCAUCAUCGUAUACCUGCUGUGUGGCGCUGCGGUGUUUUCCGCCAUCGAGAGGCCGUCUGAGCUGCGAGCACACCGGCGCUGGAACCGGACUCUCCUGAACUUUAGCGAUACGUUCAAUAUCAGCUUACAAGAUCUGGGCGCCUUCCUGAAAGAGUACGAGGCUGCGAUUGCUGCUGGAGUUCGGGUCGAUGCCCUUCGACCCAGAUGGGAUUUUACAGGGGCGUUUUAUUUUGUUGGGACAGUGGUGUCUACUAUUGGAUUCGGGAUGACCACCCCUGUGACAGUAGCUGGAAAGGUUUUCUUGAUCUUCUACGGUCUGUUAGGUUGCGCAGCCACCAUCCUGUUCUUCAACCUGUUUCUGGAGCGCAUCAUUACCCUGCUGGCCGUGGUGAUGAAGGCCGUGCGUCUGCGCCGUCUGCGGACCAGUGGUCUCCUCCCGCCGGGGAUCUGCCAGGACUUUGCGGAGAGUACGUUGCCCGGUUGGAAACCCUCGGUGUAUCACGUGAUGCUCAUUCUGGGUUUAUCAUCCAUCGUGAUCUCCUGCUGCGCAUCGGCCAUGUACACUCCAGUCGAAGGUUGGGCUUAUCUGGACUCGCUGUACUUUUGCUUCGUCACUUUCAGCACCAUUGGUUUCGGAGAUUUGGUGAGCAGCCAGAAUGCUGCGUACAGCUACCAAGGACUUUACCGGUUGGCCAACUUCAUCUUCAUCUUGACUGGAGUAUGUUGCAUCUACUCGCUCUUCAAUGUCAUCUCCAUCGUCAUCAAGCAGGUCCUCAAUUGGAUGUUGGAGAAAAUGAGUUGCUUGUGCUGCCAGCACUGCAACAAAGCCAACGGUUUCUUGGGACGCCGCAAUGCCAUCAGGCCCGGCUCUCGCCUCAGACGCGGACGCUUCGGCCGAACGCCAGACUCGGACAGAGCUUGCGACAGCGACACAGAGGGACGCAGGCUCUCGGGUGAGAUGAUCUCCAUGCGGGACUUGACAGGAUCCAAUAAAAUCUCGCUGGCCAUUAUGCAGAAACAGCUGUCAGAGUCAGCCAAUGGAUAUCCAAGAACGGUGUGCGGAAGUUCACGUCAGAACGGCUUUUCCGGUGGCGUCGGUGCUUUGGGCAUCAUGAACAACCGAUUAGCAGAAACGAGUGACUCUAGGUAG